CUGAAGAUUGAUUGAACACAACUUUAUUUGCAUUAACGAACAGUUAACAUGGUCCAUUCGUCCGUGUACCAUAUACUGGGUUCUGGACCUCACACCCCACUCAACAGUCUUCAACAACAAAGACAGCGACAGAUCGAGUCCCUGAAAGCUGCUCAUCCCAGCAUUGCAGAAAUCCAGAAAGAUGUGGAAUACAGAAUCCCGUUUACCGUCAACAACUCAACCAUCACUGUUAACAUUCUUCUGCCGCCUCAGUUCCCUCAGGAGAAGCCAGUGGUUAGCGUCUACCCUCCUGUGGGUCAUCACCUUGUCGACAGCAAUAAUGGCACUGUGAUCACGAGCCCCCUCAUCACUAAUUUUGGGAUGCAUUCAGACCUGGGUAAGGUCAUUCAGAGUUUGCUGGAUGAGUUCUGGAAGAGUCCUCCUGCCCUGAUGUACACUGGCCCGCCUGGCUUUCCAUACAGUAUGUACAAGCCAUCGGGCAUCCCUCCUUACCCGACUCAGGGUUACCACUAUGGUCCCCGCCAUGUUGGGCAAAGUCACACACCGCCCCUAGCACCGGCUUCAUCUGGAGUCGGACCAGUGCUUCAUCCCGGAGUUGAUGCUGCCCAUGGCUCCCCUCGAGGUCCAGCCCCUUAUGGUCUCAUUACUGAACUACCAUUGCCUGUACCUGUUGGAGACAUACAGGCUGGGCUGAAUGGACAUAUGUACCAGAUGCCUGAGAUUCCCGAGUCUUUUCCUGAACUCUGUGACUUGAAUCUGACUCAACUAUCCGACAUGUCAGAAAAUGAGGAUGUUUUACUGAGAUUCUUCGUGACGCUGCCACAGUUCAAGCAAAUCACAAGUGAUAAAGAGGAGCUAGUCACGAACAUUGUGGAUAUGGCAAAGCGAAACCUUCAGAUGGAACCACAACUGGAAGGGAAAAGACAAGAAAUUAUCUACAAGUUUGAACAGUUGACUCAACUGAAGUCUGCCUUUGAGACAAAGAUGCAGAAACAACAUGAUCUCAGUGAGAGCUGUAGUCUAAGUACUCUGCAAGCUCGGUUAAAGGUCGCAGCACAUCAAGCUGAGGAGGACUCUGAAGAGACCGCUGAAAACUUCUUAGAGGGCCGCACUGACAUAGAUGAAUUCCUGACCAACUUCAUGGAAAAGAGAACGCUUUGCCACAGCAGAAGGGCGAAAGAGGAGAAGUUGCAACAGUCUAUCCACACACAUGAACAGUUUCCUACCACCCACUAGAACAUAAGGAUUGUUGUUCUCUCAGCAAACUGCUGCCAACCAAAACAAUGAAGACAUUAGAUGAGCAUGCCGAGUCAACAUUGGGCACUUUGGAGGACAAAAUCUAGUAAUCAUAGAAGCCCUUUUUCUGACAUCCAAGCUCUAAAACUAAUGUCUGGUAAUGUGAAAGAAGGUCGUAGACUUAAGAGUCAUCACAGAAGCAUUGAAGUGGUACAUGCUUUGAGGUUUCAGACAUAUUCCUGAGGUUAAUCAUGUUUUGAGUACUUAUGAUUUGCACAUGAUGUACAGUUUUGAUUCUCCAGGAAAAAAUAUUAAUCUAAUGAUGAGUGUGCUUUACCGGGAUGUGGGGGGGUGUAACGUUUGGAAGAAAGCACAUAGCAUUUGACAGUAUUAUGUUCCCUUGAACUUGUUUUCAAUUCAACAAUACCGUGACCCUUGUUAAAAAUAGAGAUCCAUGACCACUUUUUUAAUAAUUUUCUGAGGAAAAAAAGGCUCCAUUUGUAAUAACAUUGUGAUUAUGUCCAUUUAACCCUUGUUGACUUAGAUUUGACACACCUGUUGACAUUUGCUCUCAUUAUUUUAAUUCCCCCUCUCAGAUUGAGUUGAUUAAAUUAGGGAUUUAACACAGACAGACAAGGUCAAGAACCAUGUAGUCAUAUUUUCAGGAAUUGAAAUUAUAUAAACAGAAAGACAAACCAUGCCCUGCGAUUGGCUGUCAACCACUCCAGGUAGUACCCUGCCUCUCGCCCAAUCAACUGUGAUAGGCUCCAGGUUGCCAGCAGCGCUCAUUAAGAUAAGCGCGAUUGAAAAUGGAUGGACAGAUGGAAAGGCAGACCAAAUAAUCACUGUUCCCCAUCCAUCCAUUUUCUGUACCGCUUCUCCUCACUAGGGUCGAGGGCGUGCUGGAGCCCAUCCCAGCUAUCAUCGGGCAGGAGGCGGGGUACACCUUGAACUGGUUGCCAGCCAAUCGCAUGGCACAUAGAAACAAACAACCAGUCGCACUCACAUUCACACCUAUGGGCAAUUUAGAGUCUUCAAUUAACCUAGUUUGCAUUUUUUUGGGAUGUGGGAGGAAACCGGAGUGCCCGGAGAAAACCCACGCAGGCACGGGGAGAACAUGCAAACUCCACACAGGCGGGGCUGGGGAUUGAACCCCAGUUUUCAGAACUGUGAGGCGGACGCUCUAACCAGUCACCCACCCUGCCGCCUCACUGUUCCCCACACAUGAAUAAUGUUUUAAAACACUAAGGCCUUACCCUGAUGAGACUGAUUUAUUUAUUGUAUGUGGCUAUUUUAUUUCUACCAGUCAAUGCAAGCAUCGUUCGAGCAGGUGUUGCUGUAUUUCAUACUGCUGAAUGCUGUUGACAAGGAUCGUAUUCAUUGAUGCAGUGAAUCACGUGUUCCCAUGUCCCCUCACAACCCGAAUGCAUGCAUAUUGGGUUUAUUGGUAACUCUAAAGUGUCCUCAAGAUUUGUGUGUUGUGUUUGUGAAAUACGCUUGAUUCACUAGUGUCAACACGAGUCAUACCUACCUUACUGUUCAGCCGUCUCCAUGUUGUACAAAUAUUCAUUGUGCACAUUAUUCAGCCAUUUUGUUUUCUCUGAUUCCUUUGAUGUCAGAGUACUGUAAACCAUAUGAAUAAGUUAAUCAGAAUUUUGCCUUGAAGUGCCACCUUUGUGACUAGUGAAUGGACAUCACUGACCUCCAGUUUUGCCCAUGUUGCCCAGGAUUCACCCCUGGACACUCGGAUGAAACUGAGCUGAGGAUAUGUGGGGUAAUGUUCAGGAUGAUUUGUUUAAAUGCUGCAGCACAAGUCGUUGACAUUGGAAACUGUAUUUAAAUAAUGUUAAUAAUAGACUAUAUUGCGAUCAAAGACUUGGACACCUUGUAUUAUGUUCUUAUUUAAUUUGUUAGGCUAUUAAAGCAUUUACAAUAUA